CCGUCUUCCCCUCUUGCCACCCCUUUAGGAGCUUAUCCCGUGUGGCCCAACUGCAGCGCUCUGCCCAGUGCCAACUUCUGCAGCGCAGGGCUGGGAGGAAGUCUGAACCCGGCGGCAGCAGGGAGCCAGUUGCGUGGCAGUGUUCCUCCUCAGCUGGGGGCAGGGAUGUGCCCCCCAGCAGGUGGCAUGGCUCGCAGAGCACCAGGAGCAGCCGCCGUGUGUGCUGCUGCCAACGCCAUCCAGAGCUGGCCACCUGGUUAUCCCAGUGUGAACCAAGGGGGAAUGCUGGGCACUGGACCUUCUUAUGGACAGGAAACUAACAGCAUGGCUGGUGUGAUCAACUGCCAGGGCCCACCUUUUCCCAUGGGUGGGAAUGUGGCUCACGGCUCUGCAGGGGUGGCAGCAAGUCCUGAAGUGACGGUUCGGGCGGAUGUCAAAUUAACUCCUGCAACUAAAAGGAGAAAGAAGGAAGAAGAGACCCAAAAAGCAGAACUCCAGUCAAAGGUAAAACGUUUGUUUGUUUGUAACGGACACAGUGUAUGUGUCUAGUCGUGAGUGCAGCUCCCGAGAGAAAGCCAAGGUGACUUGGUUGCCUUCUACUGCGAGCAGAGCUGCCAUCAGCGUGGCUGUUUGCGCAGUAUGUGAUCCUGCGCUCUUGUGAGCACAGUGUCACAUCAGCAGUGCAGCAAGUGAGUGGGAUAUCCUCUGUUGGGAUGUUUUCUCUUUUGGAGAGUGGCAUACGCUGGCAUCUCCUGCCAGGCGUGAGCAGCCGGGAUGCAGCACUGUCCUCCCCAUCCCUCUGCAGAG